UCUUGCCGAAGCCGAAUUGAUGGGAAGUAUAUAAGAAGAGGAGAGUGGAGUCCUUGAGAGCUUAGGUUCCAUUACCCCAAAAACUGAAGUUAACGAAGGUGAAGAAGCAUAGAAUAGAAUUGUGGAAAGGAAGCGGAAAUGUGGAAACUGAAUUUCAAGAACACAUUGACACUGAGAUCGCUGAAUGACUUUAACGAAGCAGCAGCGAGAGGUCUAAGAGAGUUCUCAUCGGCAUCUUCAUCGUCACAACUUGUCAGAAGAUUGCCAGCGCUCUUGAGCCGACCCUCCCUAUCCCAAUACCAAUACCAAUCCCAAUCCCAAUCUGAAAUCUGGAUCCCUUUCGGCACCUCUAUCCGACACCUCCGUAGCGGUCGCCCCCAUCGUGACGAUUUCAGUGCCAGGUAUGAAGUGACGCCACCUACCAAUUGGGGCAUCCGAAUCGUUCCCGAGAAGAAGGCUUACGUUAUUGAACGGUUCGGAAAGUAUGUGAAGACCCUUGAUUCAGGAAUUCACCUGCUGAUACCGUUUGUUGAUCGAAUCGCAUAUGUGCAUUCCCUCAAGGAAGAGGCCAUUCCAAUUCCGGACCAGUCUGCUAUUACAAAGGAUAAUGUCAGCAUCUUAAUAGAUGGAGUUCUUUAUGUCAAGAUUAUGGACCCAUUUCUGGCAUCCUAUGGUGUUGAGAACCCACUUUUCGCUGUUAUUCAGCUCGCUCAGACAACCAUGCGAAGUGAGCUGGGUAAGAUUACGCUGGACAAGACUUUUGAAGAGAGGGAUACCCUGAAUGAGAACAUCGUGAAGUCAAUUAAUGAGGCUGCCAUGGAUUGGGGCCUGAAGUGUCUACGAUAUGAGAUACGGGAUAUAUCUCCUCCUCCUGGCGUAAGGGCAGCUAUGGAGAUGCAAGCAGAAGCAGAACGUCGAAAACGAGCUCAAGUUCUUGACUCAGAAGGAGAAAGACAGGCAAACAUUAAUAUUUCAGAUGGGAAGAAAAAUUCAGUAAUUCUAGAGUCUGAAGCUGCCAUGAUGGAUCAGGUGAACAGAGCUAAAGGAGAAGCGGAAGCUAUCCUUGCUAGAGCACAAGCAACUGCAAAAGGGAUAUACUUGCUGUCAGAUGCUAUCAAAUCUAAUGGAGGUGUUGAGGCAGCAAGCUUGAGAAUUGCAGAGCAAUAUAUCCAAGCCUUCGGUAACAUUGCUAAGGAGGGCACAACUAUGUUGCUCCCUAGCACUGCUGCCAAUCCUGCCAGCAUGAUGGCUCAAGCUAUGACAAUCUAUAAAAGUGUUCUAGAAAAUGGUUCUGGUGGUGGACUGCAGCAGAUAUCUCAUUCCGGGUCUCCAGGCAACAGCGAAGGUGAUUUUCCUUCGGGAAAAGCUGGAGAGGAGAGGAGCCCUGCACCUGAUGUUAUGAACGUCAAGGAUCCUGAGACCAUUUCAUCUGUAGCAGGUUUUUCAUUACAGAGUCCCAAGAAGGAAGAAGAAAACUGAAGCCAUCAUCAAAACUUUGAUCAAGCCAUAUCGUGCCAUUCAAUUUUGUCGUCUAGGCAGCUGUUUAGGUUCAUGUCUUGUAAUUGACUUUUCCAAAUUUUUCUUUCGUUUUUAGGUGCUCUCCUGUCCGUUGGAUUUAAAAUGGAAUGAAUUGACA